AUGACUGUCGGUGAUAAACAGAAGUGGACAGCUAAAAAUGUACGUGACACUUUCUUAAAUUUCUUUAAAGAACAAAACCAUACUUUUGUUCCAUCUUCUCCUGUCGUUCCAUUCGAUGAUCCAACUCUUUUAUUUGCUAACGCUGGUAUGAACCAAUAUAAACCAAUCUUCUUAGGUACUGUUGAUCCAUCCUCUGAAUUCUCCACUUUGAAAAGAGCCCAUAAUUCUCAAAAAUGUAUUAGAGCAGGUGGUAAACACAAUGAUUUAGAAGACGUCGGUAGAGACUCCUACCAUCACACUUUCUUCGAAAUGUUGGGUAAUUGGUCCUUUGGUGAUUAUUUCAAAAAGGAAGCUAUUUCAUAUGCUUGGACUUUGUUGACUCAAGUCUAUGGGAUCCCAUCAGAAAAUUUAUACGUCACUUAUUUUGAGGGUGACUCAAAACAAGGCCUUGAGCCAGAUUUAGAAGCUUUACAACUUUGGAAGGAUGUCGGUGUCCCAGAUGAUCACAUCAUACCAGGAAAUGUCAAGGAUAAUUUCUGGGAAAUGGGUGAUCAAGGUCCAUGUGGUCCAUGUUCUGAAAUUCAUUAUGACAGAAUUGGUGGUAGAAAUGCCUCAUCCCUAGUCAAUCAAGAUGAUCCAGAUGUCUUGGAAAUUUGGAAUUUAGUCUUCAUGCAAUUUAAUAGAGAAAAAGAUGGUUCCUUGAAGCCUUUGCCUGCCAAACAUAUCGAUACUGGUAUGGGUUUCGAAAGAUUAGUCUCUGUUUUGCAAGAUGUUAGAUCCAAUUAUGAUACUGAUGUUUUUAUCCCAUUAUUUAAACGUAUUCAAGAAAUCACUGGUGUUAGAGAAUACACUGGUAAGUUUGGUGAUGAGGAUAAAGAUGGUAUUGAUACUGCUUACAGAGUUCUUGCUGAUCAUGUACGUACUUUAACCUUUGCUUUAGCAGAUGGGGGUAUUCCAAACAAUGAAGGUAGAGGUUAUGUUUUAAGACGUAUUUUAAGAAGAGGUGCUCGUUAUGCUCGUAAGUACUUAAACUACCCUAUCGGUAAUUUCUUUUCUACUUUGUCACCAACUUUAAUAGAACAAGUGAAGGAUAUCUUCCCAGAAGUUGCCAAAGAUCCUGCUUUCCUUUUCGAAAUUUUAGAUGAAGAAGAAGCCUCUUUUGCUAAAACUUUGGAUCGUGGUGAAAGAUUAUUUGAAAAAUAUGCUGCAGCCUGUGAAACUUCUGGUUCUAAAAUAUUAGAUGGUAAACAGGUUUGGAGACUAUAUGAUACUUAUGGUUUUCCAGUUGAUUUAACUGAAUUAAUGGCUGAAGAAAAGGGUUUGAAGAUUGAUGGUCCAGGUUUUGAAAAGGCUAAGCAAGAAUCAUAUGAAGCUUCUAAGAGAGGUGGUAAGAAGGGUGAUGAAACUUUGAUUAAAUUAAAUGUUCAUGAAUUGAAUGAAUUAAAUGAAGAAAAUGUUGCUAAAACUGAUGAUUCUGCUAAGUAUGGUUUUGAUAACAUUGAAGCUACUAUCUUAAAAUUAUAUGAUGGUACUAAAUUUGUUGAUGAAAUAAAUGAGCCAGGUAAAAAAUACGGUAUUAUUUUGGACAAGACAUCCUUCUAUGCUGAACAAGGUGGUCAAGAAUAUGAUACUGGUAAGAUUGUCAUAGACGAUGUUGCAGAAUUUAAUGUUGAAAAUGUUCAAUUGUAUAAUGGUUAUGUUUUCCAUACUGGUUCUUUGGAAGAAGGUAAAUUAUCCGUUGGUGAUAAGGUUAUUUCUGCUUAUGAUGAAUUACGUCGUUUCCCAAUUAAGAAUAAUCACACCGGUACUCAUGUCUUAAACUUCGCUUUGAGAAAAGUUCUUGAUGGUGAAGUUGAUCAAAAGGGUUCUCUUGUAGCUCCAGAAAAAUUAAGAUUUGAUUUUUCACAUAAGAAGGCAGUAUCUCUUGAAGAAUUACGUAAGAUAGAAGAAAUCUGUAACGAGCAAAUUAAAUCUAAUUUAACUGUCUACUAUAAGGAUGUUCCAUUGGAAGAAGCUAAAACAAUCUCUUCAGUUCGUGCUGUUUUUGGUGAAACUUAUCCUGAUCCAGUCCGUGUAGUUUCUGUUGGUAAACCAAUUGAAGAUAUUUUGGCUGAUCCAACUAGUGAAGAAUGGUACAACUAUUCUAUUGAAUUUUGUGGUGGUACCCAUGUUGCAAAGACUUCUGAUAUUAAAUUCUUCAUUAUCUUAGAAGAAAGUGGUAUUGCUAAGGGUAUUAGAAGAAUUGUAGCUGUGACAGGUACCGAAGCCUUUGAAGCUCAAAGAAUCUCUAGUGAAUUUGAAACAGAAUUGAUUGCUGCUGAAAAGCUACCGUUCUCUCCAGCUAAAGAAAAGAGAUUAAAAGAAUUAGGUGUUAAGUUAGGUCAAUUGUCUAUCUCUGUGAUUACUAAACAUGAAUUAAGGGAAAAAUUCAAUAAAAUAGAAAAAGUGGUCAAGGACGAGGUUAAAGCUAGAGCUAAGAAAGAAAUCAAGCAAACAGUUGAUGAAGUCAAGAACUAUUUCGAAGCUAACAAGGACGCUACCUAUUUUGUUAAGGCUAUUAAUAUUCCAACCAAUGCCAAGGCCAUCACUGAAGCUGUUAACUAUUUGAAAUCUUCAGCUAAGGAUAAAACUAUCUACCUAUUAACUGGUAAUGAUCCAGAAGGUAAGAUUGCUCAUGGUUGUUAUAUAUCCAAUGAAGCCAUUGAAAAGGGUGUUGACGGUGCUGCUUUAGCCAAGAAAGUUUCUUCUAUUAUUGGCGGUAAAGCUGGUGGUAAAGGUAAUGUUUUUCAAGGUAUGGGUGACAAACAAACUGAAGCAGAAAAUGCUGUUGCUGAGAUUAGUGCUGUGUUCAAGGAGAAAUUGACCAUUUAA